AUGCAGCGCGCUCUCUCUUCCGCAGCUCGAUCCUCCUUGUCCUCCUCUUCUCCGUACACCAGAUCAGCCGGCAGGAGCCUACAGCAACUGCGCUUCGCCCAUAAAGAGCUGAAGUUUGGUGUCGAGGGAAGAGCCCAGCUCCUGAAGGGUGUCGAGACUCUAUCCAAAGCUGUUGCAACAACGCUCGGUCCCAAAGGCCGCAAUGUUCUCAUUGAGUCCAGCUAUGGUUCGCCCAAGAUCACGAAAGAUGGUGUGACGGUCGCCAAAGCAGUCACCCUCCAAGAUAAGUUCGAGAACCUCGGAGCCCGCCUGAUCCAGGAUGUUGCCUCAAAGACGAACGAAGUUGCUGGUGAUGGAACCACAACUGCCACCGUCCUGGCAAGUGCCAUCUUCUCCGAAACCGUCAAGAAUGUCGCUGCCGGGUGUAACCCUAUGGACUUGAGAAGAGGCACACAGGCAGCAGUUGACGCAGUCGUCGACUUCCUGCAAAAGAACAAGAAGGACAUUACCACCAGUGCUGAGAUCGCCCAGGUCGCGACCAUCUCUGCCAACGGUGAUACACAUGUCGGUAACCUCAUCUCGAACGCCAUGGAAAAGGUCGGCAAAGAGGGGGUGAUUACAGUCAAAGAAGGCAAAACAAUUGAAGACGAGCUCGAGGUUACUGAGGGUAUGCGCUUCGACCGCGGCUUUACUUCACCCUACUUCAUCACCGACACCAAGUCGCAAAAGAUCGAGUUUGAGAAGCCCUUGAUCCUCCUUUCCGAGAAGAAGAUUUCGGCCGUCCAAGACAUCAUCCCUGCCCUCGAGGCUUCCACGCAAAUGCGCCGGCCUCUCGUCAUCAUUGCCGAGGAUAUUGACGGCGAGGCAUUGGCUGUCUGCAUCCUGAAUAAACUUCGCGGUCAACUUCAAGUGGCGGCAGUCAAGGCUCCCGGCUUCGGGGACAACCGUAAGAGCAUCCUUGGCGAUAUUGGCAUCCUGACCAACGCCACCGUCUUCACGGAUGAAUUGGACAUCAAACUGGAAAAGGCCACCCCUGAUAUGCUUGGAUCGACGGGUAGCAUCACAAUCACCAAGGAAGAUACCAUAAUCUUGAAUGGCGAAGGUAGCAAAGAUGCCAUCGCCCAACGAUGUGAGCAGAUCCGCGGCGUCAUGGCCGAUCCUUCAACUUCAGAGUAUGAGAAGGAGAAGCUUCAAGAGCGUCUGGCCAAGUUGUCUGGCGGUGUUGCCGUCAUCAAAGUCGGUGGAGCUUCCGAGGUUGAGGUGGGCGAAAAGAAAGAUCGUGUCGUCGACGCUCUCAAUGCUACUCGCGCUGCCGUUGAAGAGGGUAUCCUGCCCGGUGGUGGUACGGCAUUGAUCAAGGCUGCCGCAAAUGCUCUCGACGGUGUUCAACCUUCCAAUUUCGACCAACAGCUCGGUGUCAGUAUCAUCAAGAAUGCCAUCACGCGACCUGCUCGGAAGAUUGUUGAGAACGCUGGUCUUGAAGGCAGCGUUGUCGUCGGCAAGCUGAUGGAUGAAUUCGGCUCCGACUUCAACAAAGGCUUCGACUCGGCCACCGGACAGUAUGUCGAUAUGCUGAGCAAGGGCAUUGUCGACCCUCUUAAGGUUGUCCGCACGGCUCUCGUUGAUGCUUCUGGUGUUGCGUCGCUACUGGGCACCACGGAAGUUGCGAUCGUCGAGGCUCCAGAAGAGAAGCCUGCGAUGCCCAUGGGCGGCGGCAUGGGUGGUAUGGGAGGAAUGGGCGGCUUCUAA